CUGGAGCUCGAACUUGAGCUUUUCUACCCAUCUGCAAAAAUAUUCCCAUUCUCUACAAGUAAUAUUCAUCCGUGGUAUCAUCAGCGGCACUACAACCAUGUGGCUUUUUCUUUUAAAAUUCUGCCUUCUAUGCCUUUUUCCCAAGUUUAUUACGCUUCGAAAUGAAUUUCGAAGGAUAUCACUAAUGGCCCAAGAUGACUAUGGUGACAAAUUCCUUACAGAAGCUGCGCAGCCAAAACACUGGAUAACACCAAUAGUAACCAAACGAGUGGAGCGAAAUACGAAACCGACGAUUCGACGGAUGGAACCUCAGAAUUUCGAGUCAGAUGAAAGAGAUGUGGUGUUGGUUAUUCUGGUUGACAGGUAUACAGAACAAGGUAAAAUUGUAAAAUGGGAACGAAUUGGUAAUUUGAAUAUGUGGAAAUGGUUGACCAUAGAACAGGUUUAUAUGCUAAACAAGUUGUAUAAAACAACAGGUGAUAUAGCGUUGGUGUUAGAAAAAGCAUACGCUCAACUACUCAUGACCGAUGGUGGAUUGCGAGAAAUGGCAGUGCGAAGCUUUCGAGAAACAUGCAAAGAACUAUUACAAGUAAUAUUGGGCGAACAAAAUUAUGAUUUAGUUGCCGAUAUGUAUGAGUUUGGUCGAACAGGAGAUGAAAUUGUCAGAAAACUGAAUCAGUUUUAUGUGCAAUUGAGUGAAACGAAUAAAAAGUAUGCUAACAUGAUUGCUCCAACUUGCAUGCUAAUCUAUAAUAUUUAUGGGUUUCCAUCAGUGCGAUCGCCAAGAAAAAUCAACGAGGAUAAUUUAUUCGUCAAACAAAUGCUUUGGUUCACUAGGGAACAGGAAACCGAAAUUGAAAAGAUGUUGGCUGAAGGAGCAAGUAAUGAAAAUCUUUUAGCAAAAAUUUUAGAAUACUACGAAAAUCUCGAUUCGUCAAACCAAGAAAAAGUAUCCGAAGAAUUAAAGCAGCUCUGUCAAAAUCGAGUGAAGCAGCUUCUCGGAAUCGAUGGUCUCGAAAUACUCAAAUCAAUGAACAAACAGUCAACAUCCACGGAACUAUUAGUUACUAAAUUUGCUCAGCUGGUAGGAAAUUUGACAAAUGAAAAUCAGCGUAUCGAAGGGGAACAAGUAGGCAUUUUUUGUCAGAAGAUAUACGGUAUUGAAAGUUUCGAUCUUGGAGAAUUAACAUCCUGGCUAUCUGCCGAUCAGAAACUCGAACUGGGUCACUUGAUUCAAGAUCAUGAAAUAAGUGAUGAUGCCGUUUAUGAACGCAUUUUUGAAUUUUAUGAAAAAGCUGAACAUAAAAAGAAAAUGGAUGCACAAAAAAUCAUCGAAUCUAAAUGUAAACGAUUUGUUCGCCGGAUGUUUGGCAAUGAAAUUGCUACUAAAUUGGAAGAGCAUCGAUUGGACAGAAACUUCACGGCACAAAUGCUAAGUGCUGAAUUGGCAACGUAUGCUGCUGAAAUAAAGGAUAUGAAAAAUCGAUUAAAAGCUGAAAAAUCCAUUCCGAUUUGCAAUCGGAUCUAUCUUGGUUAUAAAGGCGAUUGCUUUUGCAAUGGUCAUUCGUCUAUUUGUGGUCCAUUUACUCACGAGUGCUUGAACUGUGCUGAUAAUACAUUUGGAGUACAAUGCGAAAAGUGUUUAGAUGGAUUCGAGGGUAGUGCUUUAAUAGGCCAAAUAGGCUGUGUAUCAGUUGGAAAAAGCAAUGAGUUCAUAAAAUGUUUGUGCAACAAGCAUUCUACACAGUGCAAUGAACACGGAGAAUGUUUUUCCUGCUUGCAUAACACAACUGGAAACCAAUGUGAGAAUUGCGCAGAAGGUUUUUACGGUGAUGCGACACAAGGCACUGUAGAAGACUGUAUCCCAUGUCCAUGCCCAGAUGGCGGGGACUGUUUUAUAAACGGAGAUGCACUGAUAGAAUGCCGGACUUGCCCCAACGGAACCUAUGGUAGCACAUGCGAAUUACAGCUGCAAUCGGAGACAACAACAGGAAUUACUGAAAUUCUCACAUAA